CCUACCAUAUAUUGUUCAGCAGAAUAGCUCGUCCUGUGCCGCAUAUCUUAUCAUCUCAGGAACUCCUGCCUGAACACACCUCGGAAAACCAUCACGGCUCUUUUCGGGAAAAGAAUCUCGACAUCAGCUUGCAAGAAAACAACACACUUCAGUUCAGAGCACAGGGCCAUGGAGCCAAAGGAGAUAAUGAAUACGAGUUCAGUUUGGAGUUCUUUGAAGCUGUUCGACCUGAGAUCAACCACAAGUCCACCCAGCGUCAGGUGGACAUCAAGAUAAAGAAGCAGGAGGAGCGCUGGUGGGACCGGCUCACACUGCAGGGCAAGAAGCCUCUGUUUUUGGCUCCGGACUUUGACCGCUGGCUGGAUGAGUCCGACGCAGAGAUGGAGCUUCAGGCGAAGGAGGAGAAGAUCAACAAGAUAAGUGUGGAGUCGAGAGUCCGUAAAGACCCCUACCUCGGCCUGAAGAAAGGAUACUUGUUCAUGUACAACCUGGUGCAAUUCUUGGGCUUCUCCUGGAUCUUUGUGAACAUGACGGUCCGCCUCUUCAUUCUCGGACAAGAUUCGUUCUACGACACCUUCCACACUACGGCCGACAUGAUGUACUUCUGUCAGAUGAUGGCCGUGCUGGAGGUCAUUAAUCCCUUGUUGGGCCUGGUUAAGACUGGGUUCUUUCCUGCCAUGAUACAGGUGGCGGGGAGGAACGUCAUCCUGUUUGUCGUCUUCGGCAGUCUGGAAGAGAUGCAGAACAAACCCGUCGUCUUCUUCGUGUUCUACCUGUGGAGCACCAUAGAGAUCUUCAGGUACCCGUUCUACAUGCUGGCCUGCAUCAGCACUGAGUGGAAGCUGUUGACGUGGCUGAGGUACAGCCUCUGGAUCCCUCUGUACCCGCUGGGGGUCGUGGCUGAAGCUGUGGCCGUGAUCCAGUCUCUGCCCGUCUUUGAUGAGACGCGUCUCUUCAGCUUGCCCCUCCCUGCGCUGCUGGGACACUCUUUGAGCUUCUCCUACACGCUGCAGCUCUACCUGGUCCUCAUGUUCCUGGGGCUCUUCAUCAAUUUCCGCCAUCUGUACAAGCAGAGGAAGAGACGAUUCCGCUCGAGGAAAAGGAAAGUCCAGUAACUCGUCAGUUUAUUUGGAAACCGUCCACUUGAAGAUCAAGCUGCUGUCUCAUUUUCCUGUCGUUUUCUUCCUUCUGCACUCACUCACACUUCAAUGUUCACAUUUUACAGCUUUUCUCCUGCACACAUCACUCAUACGGUUCUGUUAUAACGGAAAUCAUUUGUUGAUUUUUUCUUUCUCUUUAUCAGUUUUACUUUGGGUGAUCCAUGUGUUGACUUCUUGUAACCAGUCUUCUGGAAGAAAACAAGUUUCACAAAGCGUCCUGAUGACGGGAAGUGGACUUUUGUUAUAUUGUUGCUGCACGCCAACGCGAUUUGAAAGCUAUCGCGGUUUUGAUACUCUCUCUGCGGUGUGUUCUUGUGAAUUUAGAAUAAACUGCAUUCUUUUGAAUGCAAGUUCGUCAGGAGACCCUCGCUUGUUUUCUUCACAGGUUUAUUGUGGGAAAAACCGCCUGUAAGAGAAUUUUUCUAUUUUUCCUCACGAGAGUUUGAAAGUUGUUGCUGCUUGCUGCCAUCUCCAGCAUGCUUCAAUUUCAUUUUGAACUUGUCGGUUCUUGGAGGAUCCGUCUGGAGGGACGUAGAGUCCGUAAGAUAACACAUCUUUUGUGGUUCUCAAAUCAAAGCACUUGACUAUAACCUGCUGUCAUUUUUAAAAAUUUAGAUUGUAUAAAUCGUUUUCAUUCCCACCGCUGACCCUGGGAUUCAAAGGUCAGGCGUUUACUGCUGCGAACAUUAGUAAGGACAGAAAUGACUGUAGCCGGAAAUAUGUGUUUAUUUAUUUUCCUGAAAUAACUCACAAUCCUUCUUUUGGCCUUUUUUAUAUUAUUAUCUGACCAAUAAAUCACAUUUAGUUGUUUUUAAUUUCCAAAACCUCUUGUGAUCAUAUUUCAUUAUUUAGAUUAAUGAGCUGAUUUGAUCUGUACUCUUGAUGAUGAACUUUAACUCUUUAUGUUCUUUAACAAAUGGUGUGUACAUUUGAUGUAUCUUCUAUUCACAUGUCCCAAUGUUCCAGAUAUAAAUUAUUUUAAUGAAUUUUAAGUACUUAUUAUUCAUAGAAUCUCCUCUGAAUUUAAGUGAUUUGUUUUUUUCCUUUCCUUUUCCUUUAAUGAGCCUUUUUGUUUGUUUUGUAUUUAUUUGUGUUUACUGAUUUUUUUUUCUGUAAUUUAUUUUUUAAUAUAAGUACGGGAAGGAUAUAUACAGCUUGAUUUGGACAUUUGAUUACAUUUCAAAAGUCCUUUAAGGGAAAAAUCUGACUUGAUUGUAAGUCACAAUCAAGGUUUCCUGACAAAAUAAAUAUUGGCGUUUGUAUUGGA